AGUUUAAAAAUGAAGCCAGAUGUUGUUUUGAGACAUCUGUCCAUUGCGGUGGCAGCUAAUGACCAGAGUUACAUGCCACAGCAAGUCACAGUGGCGGUGGGAAGGAAUGCCAGCAGUCUUCAGGAGGUCCGAGACGUUCACAUUCCAAGCAAUAUCACUGGCUACGUAACACUGUUGGAAAACGCUAACAUUAGUCAGAUGUAUGUACAGAUAAACAUCAAACGUUGCCUUAGUGAUGGAUGUGACACCAGAAUCCAUGGGCUCAGAGCUGUGGGUUAUCAAAGGGUCAAGAAGGUGGGCGUCUCUGUGUGCGAUGCCUCCGCGAUCUGGUACUGGUCUCUGCUGACCUCUCUGGUAACAGCUUCCAUGGAAACAAACCCAGCCUUCGUUCACACUAUUUUACAAAAUACUCAGAAAGCACUGCAACACAUGCCACCUCUAUCCCUAACACCAGGCUCUACAGAUUUUUCAAGCUUCUUAUCUCCAAAUGUUUUGGAAGAAGUCGAUAGCUUCCUUAUAAGAAUAACAAGUUGUUGUACUACUCCAGAGGUUGAACUUACACUCUUGGCCUUUGCCUUAGCCAGAGGGAGUGUCGCUAAAGUGCUAAGUUCCCUUUGUACAGUCACUGAUCAUCUGGACACUCCAUACAAGGCUUCAUCCCUUAUUGCUUCCAUGGCAACAGUUAGACAGAACCUGCUGCAUAAAUACGGAAAACCAUUACGACUAACUUUGCAAGCAUGUGAUGUAAAGGGAAAAGAAGAUAAAUCAGGGCCUGAAAACCUCCUUGUAGAGCCAUGGACUGGGGAUG